GGCUCCUUUCUCUCCCUCAGACCCGCUUACAUGGCCGGGUCGCUGAGUGGCCGCCUCGCCCGGAGCCGCUUCUUCGGCGGCUUCGUCUGCGGGGCGGCGCUGGGAGCCGCGGCCUCUGCGCUGACUGCCCGCAAACUUCUCGGGGAGCCCCCACUCCCACCCGCGUCCCUGCAGAGCUCCGUGCCCGCCGCCGCCUCGGCAAAACAGCAACCGCCGCUGCCGCCGCCUCAGGAGGAACCCAUAACAGAGACUGUGUUGGAAAAGUAUGGAUUUCCUGCAGCUGGAACACAGAUCAGAUAUUACACCAAUCAUGCAUUAUCUUAUGAUCAGGCAAAACGAGUGCCUAGGUGGGUGAUUGAACAUAUUUCCAAACAUAAGACUUUGGGCAAUGCAGACAGAAAACAUUGCAAAUUUAGACCAGAUCCUAGCAUCCCUUCAAUAUUCACUGCCUUGAAUGAAGACUACAUUGGGAGUGGCUGGUCACGAGGCCAUAUGGCACCAGCUGGGGAUAACAAAUAUUCACCAAAGGCUAUGGCAGAAACAUUUUAUCUAUCCAACAUUGUACCCCAGAACUAUCAGAAUAAUGCUGGAUUCUGGAAUAGGCUAGAAAUGUAUUGCCGGGAACUGACUGAAAGAUUUGAAGAUGUCUGGAUUGUUUCUGGACCUUUGACAUUACCUCAGAUGGAUGAUGAUGGGAAAAAAAGGGUUGUGUAUCAGGUAAUUGGAAAAGAUGAUGUGGCUGUACCUUCGCAUCUUUACAAAGUGAUUCUGGCCCGAAGAAGUGAAACAUCCACAGAUCCUUUGGUACUUGGGGCCUUCGUGGUACCCAAUGACGCUAUUGGCUUUGACCACCAGCUGCCGGAAUUCCAAGUUGGUAUUGAAGACCUGGAGAGAAUGUCAGGCCUUGUUUUCUUCCCACAGGUGAAUAAAACUAAAGACGUUAGAAAUAUCUGUGAGGUUGAUACUUGUAAGCUGAUGAGUUUGGAAGAGUUCACUCUGUACAUCACCACUCGGAAGUUGCAGAGCGCAAGGACACUGGAAAGGUUGGGAAAAAUCAUGUCUGAAUUACAGGAAAAGGGAAUUGAGCCCGACGAAUAUCUCUUAAAGGUUUACAAAAAGAAGGAGGAGGAAUUAGCAAUGCAAAAGUCAACGGAAGCUAGGGAAGGGAGAUCUGGUUAAUACACACACACACACACUUUAGUGUGCAUGUUUUCUCUAAGGAACUGUUGUACAGAGACUGCUACUACUAAGAAGAAAACUUGGACAAGCCUCCCCAUUGGUUGUGUGCCUAUGCUGAAAGUGCAGCACUUUGCUGAGAAAUUAAAACACCUCCUGUGGCACAGAUUGGCAAUGAGACUUAAGGUCACUCAUUUGUGCCCUUUUCUAAAUCCAUCAGUUGUAAGUUUUAUUCAGAAUCUCUUCUGGAAUACAAGAAAAAUAGAAAAUGGUCAUCUUGGAAUAUAAGUAGACCUCUCUUAGAUAUAACUUUCCUUUUCUAACAGGAUGCUGUAGAAAUGGUAUUAUAUUAUUUAUAUAAUUCUU